CAAUCAAAUCACAUGAAAAGUUUCAAUAGAUAAGAAAUUCGCUAUAUAAGUUGAAGCGCAUUAUACAAAAUCAUUCAUUAAUUGGUGAAACACCAAAACGAAAAGAAGUUAAAUAAAAAUGAAAAAGUUAUUCUUAUUCUUCAUUAUCAGUGUCGCUUGUUCAAAAGCUGAAGCUUUUGAUGUUUUCAAACAACCAAAGCUUCCAACAAUUGUAACGCCGAGAGCUGAGAGACGAAAUCUUACAGUUCCAUUAGAUCAUUUUGAUCGUCAAAAUGCUGCUGAAUGGGAAAUGCCUUAUUAUAUCAUCGAUGAGUUUCAUCAACCUAAUGGUCCAAUAUUCAUACGUGUAAGUGAGGGAACAUCAGGAAAUUUAGAUAUGGGAUUAAUGUAUGAUUUGGCAAGAGAAUUCAACGCUCUUAUUAUUGGAACAACGGUGAGGUUUUAUGGUGAAACAAGACCAACAGCUAACCUUGAAUUAGAAAAUUUAAGAUUUCUGAACUCAGAGCAAGCCAUCGCUGAUAUCGCACAUUUAGUGACAUGGAUUAAAGAAUCAAAUAGUUCACUUACUGAUUCAAAAGUUAUUGCUUAUGGUCAAUUAUAUGGAGGAUCUGUUGCAGUGUGGGCUCGCUCAAAAUAUCCUCACUUGAUUGAUGGUGUUUGGGCUUCAAGUGCACGGCUAAAUGCAGUUUUUGACUUCACACAAAUGCUUGAAGCUAUUGCUAAUACACUCGUUCAAGUUGGAGGAUUGCAAUGUUAUCGACAAAUAGAGCGAGCUUAUGAACAACUUGAGGGAUUUUUACAGAAUCAGGAAUAUGAAUUGAUUGAGAAUAGUUUGAAUGUUUGUAACAAUAUCACAAACACAACUAUUGGUAUUGGAACGUUAAUGAAUGGCUUAGCUGUCUCAUAUGCAACAAGAUUCACAGAAGGCCCUCCAUCAGAGACUGAAGAAUUUUGUGAAUUAAUGACGAGUGACUUGAAUGAUGAUGAUGCCUUUACCAGAUAUGCUCGCUACUCAAGAUUAGUAUUUUCUGAUUGCAUCUUCAUUGACUAUGUAGCACUUCGUGGUUUAUUUAGUGCAAAUGAAUGGACUAUGCCGGGUGCUCAGAUUGGUUUCCGUCAAAUAUUUUAUCAAACAUGUUCAGAGUUUGCACGGUUUUCAACAUCAAGUUCACAAUUUCAUCCUUUUGGAAGUCGAUUCCCUGCUGAAGUAUUUAUUGAUGGAUGCACUGAUGUUUUUGGACCAACUUUUGACGAAGAUUUUAUAAGAAGACAAGUCGACCUUACAAACAUCAUGCUCGGUGGUGUAUUAAAUAAAAUAAAAUUGGUAUUAAGUUUACAUUAGGGAAAACAUAUUUUCAUCCUGAACAGAGCCUUGAU